GCGUCUGCGCCAAUUUUUGUUUGACGCCAGUCGCUCGCAGGCAGGUGCGUGGAGCGCGCGUGCGUUAAACAACUUUGUGCAACAGCUGAUUUUGGCGCCAACGCGAUCUUACACACGAUCAAGAAAUAAAACCUACAUUUAAAAAAAAACAAGUUUUACAUUAGCAUUGUUUUAGUGUAAAGUGUACAAAGACUAAUGAAGAUGACAGUUAAUCGAAUAAGAGUUGUGGUGCUUGGCAGCGCUCGUUGCGGGAAAUCGGCCGUGGUGGUUCGUUACCUAACAAAGCGUUACAUUGGCGAAUACAGCUCCACCGGCGAUUUCCUGUAUCAGCACAGAGUUGCAUUCGAUGGCGCGACAUCCGAAGUGGAGAUUUUAGAUACUUGUGGUUGCGCGAAUCGCGGAUGUUUAGCAGAACAUCUCCGAUGGGGUGACGCUUUCGCGAUAGUGUACUCCGUCUGCGACCGGCGGUCGUUCUUGGCGGCUGCAGAGCUCCUUGCCUUGCUGGAACGGACUAGACUGCCCGGUUGCACUGCUGUGACGUUGUUAGGAAACAAGAGGGAUUUGGAACACGCGAGAGUCGUGAAAGCGGAAGAGGGUCAGGAGCUGUCGCUGCGGUUCGGGUGCCAAUUUUACGAGGUGUCGGCGGCGGAGUCGUGCGCGGGCGCGGCGCUCGCCUUCCACGCGCUGCUGCGCGAGGCGCGCGCGCUCGCGCUGCUGCUGCCCUCACCCCGGCGCAAGCUCGCUGCCUAUUCUGUUUCUAAAGUAAUCGGCUCCAUCCUUGGGCUAAGCAAUAAGAGCGUCCGGAAGAAACGUCCAUCCCUGAGCAUAUGAAGCAUUGGUGUGCACUUCGCGGAUCUUGUUCACUCCUGGUGGAGUUUGUUGAACGUCUAUGGCAGGCCUGUCUCGAUUGAGAGAUGAUAAAGGAACUGGACAGAUAAGAAAUGCCAGCGUAAGCAGAAUGCAUUGAUGGAAAACUCAGAUUGUACUUUACAAUAACAGUCCUUGAUUGUUUCAGUUUUGUUACAAUCGAAUGAACAUAAAGUAUGAUUUGAGUUAAGUUUGUCUAGUUCUCAUAGAACAAGCUUUUGAAUGAACUUGUCUUUAAUUUUAUUCAAUGUGAUAAUUUAGUUACUUACGAAAAUAAGAUUUAUAAAAGACAUUGAUUUGUGUGCUGUUUUCCAAUUGUUUGCCGAUAUUUAUUUCAAUCCGAUAUUAAACUAUAUAGGUAGAUAAUAUUAGUACCUAUUAUUCUGUUAAAUGUAGGUUUUUUAUUCAAAAACCUACUCAAUUUUGUUGACGCUAUUAUAAUAUGUAUACCUAUAUACGUUGACAAAACAAUAGCAAGACAAAACGACCUUAUGUGCUUAAGACCUUUAAACUUUUCGUUACCCGAACAAAAAAGUAAUGAUGACAUUAAAAGAUCGCUUCAGCUAUUAUGGUGACUGCAUACGUCGUAAACAAACCGUUAUCUAUACAUAUUAUAAUUGUAGACAUUUACGGAAAGUAUCAUCUCAGUUGAUUAAGAAUUAGUCAGAUCUCUGAAAGUUCUAACGGAUAUGGGGGAAAUUUAAUACUAGGAAGUAAUACACACGCGAGAAUACUUCAUAUGUGAUUUAGAUAAAGUAAAUAUUCCUGUAAAAUAAGUAUUGAACAUCAGUUUUGAUCAUUGGGACACUUAUAAAAAAAUCAACAGAGCAAGUUUUCAUUUGUUAAUUAUGUUGCAACCAAUUGCAGGACUUAUCUUCCAUUAAACAUAUUAAAUUUUACAAGGUAUCAGUGAAAUAUCAAAAUAACUCCAAGUUUUCUCUUAAAUGUUUCAAGAUUGGUGGCGUUGUUAUAGCAAGAGUAUCUUAAACGAUCAGUAGCAUGUUGUUUGAAAAGAUAAAGAAAGCAAACAAAGAGAUAGAACCUUCAUAUAUUCGUAUAAGUCUAUAACUAUUUAGAACCUACUUAUAUUAUAACAAAUACCGUCCGAACAAUAAAAUACACGCCCGCCAUCCCGUUAUUGGUACUACUUGGUUUAUGGACAACUCAUUUCUUAUUUAAGUAUUUAAUAUAUGCUACACUCAUAUUGAAGUAAGAGACGAAAAUGAGGUAAAUGAUAAAGAGUGAGUCAUUGUAGAAGUAAUUGUCGUACAUCAUAAUAAUUGUAUUGUUUUUAAAACAUCUACAUGUUUAAGUAUUUUCCAACGUAUAAAAGUGCUUAAAUUACAUGUUGGAAAUAAGACUGUCCCUGGACCAUUAUUAUAAGCGUGAAUUGAUUGUAAACACUAUUUAAAUUUACGAAGUAAAUGUGCCAUGAUAUUUUCACUCGAUAAUAAGUAGGUAUCCUAUUUAAUAAAAUUAUUUCAAUAAAA